AUGACCAAAACAAUCAAACCUAUAAACAAUUCUUCACGGAACACCAUUCUUAUCGAUUAUCGGGAGAAAUUAACGCCUAAUCCCGGCCAAACUCCCCGGCAACUUUUACAGAUAAUUAAACCUCAGUCCGGACGGAAUAACCAAGGGCGAAUUACCACUCGCCACCAAGGAGGAGGUCAUAAAAGAUAUUAUCGCAUUAUUGACUUUAAACGUUAUGAGAAUGACGGAAUUGUUGGCAAAGUAAAAAGUAUUGAAUAUGACCCCAAUCGUAAUUGCUUUAUCUCGCUAAUAAGUUAUCAGAACGGUAGUUUUGCUUUUAUAAUUACUCCUGAGGGAUUACAAGUCAAUAACGAAAUAAUGAGUGGUCCGGACGAAAGCACCCCGCUAAAAGUAGGUAAUAACUUGCCUUUACAUGCCAUUCCGGUUAAUACUCCUAUCCAUAAUUUAGAAUUAAAACCCAAAAAAGGCGGUCAGUUACUUCGCAGUGCCGGCACUUAUGGUGAAAUAGUUGGUAAGGAAGAAGGCAAUAAAUAUGUCUUAGUGAAAUUGAUGUCGAAAGAAGUGCGGAAAGUAUUAGCCAAUUGUCGGGCGACCCUUGGUAAAGUAAGUAAUAGUGAAGCCAAUUUAGUCCGGUUAGGCAAAGCCGGUCGUAGUCGCUGGCGUGGUAUUCGUCCGACCGUGCGUGGUUCUGCUAUGAAUCCCGUCGACCAUCCCCAUGGCGGUGGUGAACAAAAGGCCGGAAUUGGUCACCCUUCACCGCUUAAAAAAGCCAACCAAGAAAAUAAAAAAUCCGCUUUUAAAACUUGGGCUCGUGGUUCAGUCAUUAGCCCGGAAAUGAUUGGCCACACUUUACUUAUUCAUAACGGCAAAAAAUUUCUUAGUCGCCAAGUCACCCCUGAAAUGGUAAAUCAUAAAAUUGAAAUGUUAAUACCAAAAAAAACUAAAUAUCGUUAUCCGCAUCGGACCAAAUAUGAAGGUCAAGCCAAAGGCAAUAAGCAAGUUAAUUGGGGACAAUUCGGCUUACAAGCCCAGCAAGUUAGAAUGGGUUCCGGUAAAGGUGCUAUUGAUAGUUGGGUAGCGGUAGUUAAACAAGGCACGGUAAUGUUUGAAGUAAGUGAAUUAGACCGCGAAAUAGUUUAUAAAGCUUUAACCCAAGCCAGUCAUAAAUUGCCUAAAAAUAAUGGUGAAGCCAAAGUUAAAUAUAAAAUCAUUGAAAGAAAUGGAAAUGAAUAA